CCCGUAGACCCACCCAUCUACAGGUCCCCGAAAUUCGUAUCGUCAAUUUUAUACUUGAUGCAUAACUCAUAACUUCAUUCCGUGAUGCCUACGAAUGUGCAUCGUCGACAUUGCAAGUUUUGAUUCCUGAUUCCUGAUUCCUGAUUCCUUUCAUGUCUCUUUGUUAUUAGCUUGUACUGCUUCAGGCGUAUCUGCCUGAACAUUGCCCACCAUGGGUGUCAUUUCUUUUGCACGUUCAAUGUACACUCACGAUACCCUCGACACUCGCUUUACGAACCCAUCCUCGACGCCUUACAAGACUGUUAUAGAAGAGCGAGACGACGUGGUGGCUAGCAAAGAACGGGCGGCAGAAUUGAAGAGCCGGGGGAAUCCAUCACGAUGGAACACACCGGAAUAUUAUGUAUACCGCUUCCUCCUCUGUUUUAUCAUACCGUACAUGUUCUGGGCGUGCUAUGAUGCUUCAAGACCCGAGGAACCCAAAUAUCAAAGAUACGAGCAACUGCUCUCGCCAGGGUGGAUUCCCGGGCGCAAAAUCGAUACCUCGGAUCCGCAAUACGGUACUUUUCGGAGUAAUAUCCCGUAUAUGGUGGCGCUUCUCAUUUUCCAUCCCCUUCUUCGCCGAGUAUACAAUGCGGUCGUAUACCCAAUAAAAUCGAUAGGGCAGUCGGCGCGACCGACGCUAGAAGAAGCAGACCAGAGGUUGAAUCAGCGAGCUUCGUUCGACUUCGCCUUUGCGCUGAUAUACCUCGUUGCGCUACACGGGAUCUCAGCCUUGAAGAUCCUUUUUAUCCUCCAUCUGAAUUACCAACUUGCAACGACGUUACCCCGGAAAUAUAUACCGGCUGCGUCGUGGAUCUUCAACGUCGGCAUUCUCUUUGUCAAUGAAAUAUUCAAGGGAUUCAGAUUUGGUGAUCUUGCUGAACUAAUCGCUGGUCCUGCUGACACACUUUCGCUUCUCGACAAUGGACUGGUUUCGUGGGGUCAAUGGCUCGACAGCUACGGUGGGCUCAUGAGUCGAUGGGAGAUUCUAUUUAACAUCACUAUCUUGCGACUGAUUAGUUUCAACUUAGACUACUACUGGUGUUUGGAUCGUAGAAGUUAUAGCCCGAUCGAGAAACAAGUCGACCCGUCUUCCCUGAGCGAACGAGACCGUAUAUCUAUCCCGGCACAGGAAAAAGACUUCUCGUUUAGGAACUACGUUGCAUACGCCAUCUACGCCCCUCUGUACCUGACGGGUCCGAUAAUCACCUUCAAUGACUUCAUAUCGCAGUUGCGGUAUAAGUCCGCCAGCAUCGAGACGGCGCGCACGAUACGUUAUGGGGUGCGCCUCGCUCUGACCCUGCUUGCAAUGGAGGUGAUCUUGCACUAUAACUACGUUCAAGCCAUCUCAAAAGCAAACCCCGUGUGGAGCGAGUACACAGCGUCGCAGCUUAGCCUGCUUAGCUAUUUCAAUUUGCAUCUGAUCUGGCUUAAGCUGCUUUUGCCGUGGCGAUUCUUCCGGCUCUGGUCUCUUGUCGACGGCGUAGACCCGCCCGAAAACAUGAUUCGCUGCGUUAGCAACAACUGGAGCACGCUCGCCUUCUGGCGCAGCUGGCAUCGUAGCUUCUACCGCUGGUCUCUUCGAUAUAUAUACGUGCCACUCGGAGGGUCAAGCUUCCGCACCCCUCGCGACACCGCCCGGUCACUGCUCACGUACGUCCUCGUCUUCACAUUCGUUGCUCUCUGGCACGAUAUUGAGAUGAAUCUACUGAUCUGGGGUUGGCUCAUCGUCUUGUUCAUGAUACCCGAGAUGGCGGCCGGAUUUCUUUUCCCAAAACGCGCCUGGGAGAACAGACCUAGAACUUAUCGCAUACUCUGCUGUUUCGGAGCUGUAGGAAACAUUUUCAUGAUGAUGACGGCAAAUCUGGUUGGAUUUGCCGUCGGCGUAGACGGGCUGAAGAGUAUCAUCGCGGGUAUUUUUAAAGACUUUUCUGGGUUCACAUUCCUCAUCACCAGUUGUAUGGCAUUCUUUGUCACCGUCAAUAUAAUGUUCGAGAUUAGAGAGUCAGAGAUGAGGCAAGGAAUCAACCUAAGAUGUUAAUCUCGUAUUUUCGUGAUUGGUAUAAUCGGUUGCAAUCCAUUGUUAUCUCGGCCUUGUAGUGAUACUCAUAGAUAGAAGGAAGAUAAAACUUAUUAGUAAAUUAAAUUUCGACUCAA